AUAAACCGACCAAAAUCAGUUAGAGACUUUCCUUUUCCUUGCACUCCAAGGUGUACAAGCCUACAAGGAUUUGGAAACUUGUUAUCGUCCCUAUAAAACAAUGAAGUGCUUUGUUAAAUUUCAUAGAUUUAACAGAGUAUGCCGAUGUCUUCUGUUUUUUUGCGUCUCUAGUUUGUUUGUUUUAAGAUUCUGUUUGGUUGGAGUUGUACGACAAGUCAAGAACUUUGACGAUGGAACACUCGGAAGUUCAGAUCCGGGACGUAUGGCUGAGUAAUUUCAGGAAUGAGAUGGCUAGGGUUGACAGUAGGUUGGGAACGUACAACAUGAUAGCUUUCGAUGUCGAGUUUCCUGGUUUCCUGCGCAAUACCCCACGGGAAGCAUCCGAAGAAGCCCGAUACGGAGAUUUGAAGUUUAAUGUCGACAGGCUGAAACCGAUCCAGUUUGGUCUCACCGUGUUCAAUAACGACGGUAGGAUUGGCGGAUCAUGGCAGUUCAAUUUCAACGAUUUCGAUGUCACCAAGGACUUGCAAGUAGGAGCUUCGAUUCGGUUACUGAGAAGUAACGGAAUUAAUCUCGAAAAAAACAGACUCGAAGGGGUUGAUAGCCGUGUCUUUGCAGCUCGGUUGAAGGAGAUCUUGGCUAACCACGGAGUAAUCAAGUGGGUUACCUUCCACGGUUUGUACGAUUUGGGAUACUUCAUGAAGAUGUUGACUCAGACUUACACGCCGGAUUCUGUAGUGGAGUUUGCUAAGAAAGCGGGUGAGGUUUUGGGUAGUGUCUACGACGUCAAGUUCAUGGCCAAAUACUGCAACGGGUUAAUGGACGGUCUACUCGGGCUGGAAAAAUUGUCGAAAAUCUUGAUGGUGGAGCGGGUGGGAACGGCUCACCAGGCUGGUUCAGAUAGUUUAUUGACUGCUGGUGUUUUUUUGAAGAUGGUUAAGGUUUAUGGGUUGGUAAGGCAAGCGUUCGAAGGGUUUCUGUUUGGGAUCGGUCCCAAGAUUGAGAAUAAGGUUAAUGUACUCGUUGUUUUCAAUUCGCCAAGUUACUAUUACCCGUGUUUCAAAUCGCACAACUAUGCAGCUGUACCUAUGGGACAUGGAGCAUCAAGUUGUUAUAUGAUUCCCCGUCGCAUCAGGUUGCCACGGCCGCUGUUCUUACCACGGCCACUGUUCUUACCAGUACUGCCUGUUGUUAUAUGAUUCCCCGUCACAUCAAGUUGCCUUGCCUUGGGACGUUUCAGCCGCUGUUCUUCAAUGCAGUGCUGCUCUCUCUCUCCCUCUCUCUCUCUUUGAUCAUGUGCCCCGUUUCGUGGUAUGGUUUGAUCCAAAAAACGCAUAUUAACAUAUUAGAUGUCAGGGGUUCUUUCCACUCUGUAAAAAAGGGUACGCUAAGAGGCCUUUGGCCCGACGCGGUGUACGUAGAUGACAGGGUUCUUAUGUUUCUUGAACUUCAUGUUUUUGGAAUAAAGCUCUCUGUUUAGUUGUU